CACUUGUUUUGCCUUUGUUUUAUCACUAAGUUCGCAAACUUCGAACCGACUACUUGUCUGUCAUUUUGUAUUGAAAGUCUUCGGACAGGUGGUUUGAUCGGAAAUUGGCAAAAUACCGUUAGUCGCGGGCAGUAACCGAGAUUUUCGAUAAGCGUACAACGCACGCGUUACAGUUGUCAGUUGCUCGAAGGUCGGCACCGUUGUUGACUAUUUGCCCAUACGUACUGUACGAUACUCAUUGCGUCACUGAUUCGUUUUUUUAUAAUCGAUAUCGAACUUGUAUAAGUGUAAUCAUAAUUUCUGACACAAGCGACACGCAAUAGUACUACGAGAUAAUGGUAAGAACGAGAGCAGACGCAGGAGUUACUCGGGCCGCCGGAGCCAAAGCACCGCGGAAAAAUUUAGGCGGCGUAUCGGCAAGGAUGGUUAUUGCGAAUGCUUUUGCGGACAAAGGAAAAGGUAAGGAUCAUUCCAGUGGAAAUUCGUACUGUCCUCGAGAGACACCGGAUUGGCAGAAGCCGAUUACUUCUUUUUUUCAAAGACCGUCUAAUGAAUCGGGAGAAAGAAGUUUCAAGUGGAAAGAAAAAAUGAAUGAGUCUCUUGACGCUGAACCGGCAGCUGCCUCUGCCACGUCUUCUUCCUUAGACUUGACGUCCACAGAGGAUAAUACGACCGGCUGACGUCUUACGUAACUUUUGAUGUAACUUCUGGAGCACGACUGAGUGGCAAAAUACAAGCAACACGCUCCUAUACUUCAAGUACUUACAGUGCGUGAUAAUAAUUGUCAAGCUGCAACGUAAAAACUGCUCAGUAUUUGCUCUCAAAUCUGUUUAUAUAUAUUAAUACAUGUUAGAUUAGAAGUUCUGAUAAGUCUUAUCUCAACAAGUUUAGUGAAGAAAAAUGUUUUCCCGUGUCUAUUUAUUUGUCAUUUUUUCGUCUAUGAAAAUACGUUUUUUAUACCUAUUUUUUGAUCGAUAACAAUAAAGUUUCGUUAUCAUCAACUAGCUGUGUAGGUCAUCGGUCUGCAUAAUAAUUCAGCAUUUAUCGAGAAAACAUUUUUUAUCGCAAUAUAACUAAAAUUGUCUGCUAAUGUUUAGCUUUAAUAUCAAAAAUGUGUUCACAGCAGCUGAUCGUUUUAGUAUUUGUAAUUUUUAAGGCUUUAUAACUUAAUCACUAUUAUUUAAUUACGUAUCUCUUUUUCAUUUCUCAAAACCCAAGUAUUAUUAAUGUUUUUAAGAAAGUAACCAAAACGUGCCUCUAAUAAGUAUAGAAAUAGCUUAAGAAAAAUAUGUCUAUUGUUAUAUAAUUUAUUUAUUCCGUCUUACGUGUACUCGUGUAGUAAUAGUAAAGUAAGUCGUUCAGUUUUGUUAUUUAUCGUUGUGUUCUGUUGAUCAGUCAAUGUUCCUCAAGUGCAUCGUUAAAUCUUGCGUCUAAUUGUGAACUGAAGUAUUAUAGAUCCAACAACCAAGACCUUGGAUAACUUAGUUUUGGACCAUCGACCGUGAUAUUUUAAUUGUCACAUGUAACUAAUUUUUAUCAAACCUUUACGGAUGAUCAAUAUUGAUAUUAGCGACGAUUAAUAAAUACAUGGGUAAUUCAAAUUGAA